AAUUUAGUAAAAAAACAACAACAAUAGUGCUAAAAAACAAAAGUGUUUUAUAUAAAAAAAAACAAUUCAAGUGAAAUAUUUAAAUAAACAAAAAUUCAUUAUAAAAAAAAUCAAACAAACCAACAAACAACUAGAAGCUGCCCUAACAGUUUCAACAAAUUGGAAUAUUUUCUUUUAAACGGAUUUAAAUUUUAACAAAAAACCUCAAGAUGAAUCAAACGUGCAAAGUCUGUGGUGAACCCGCUGCCGGUUUCCAUUUUGGUGCCUUCACUUGUGAGGGUUGUAAGUCAUUUUUUGGCCGCUCCUACAACAAUCUAUCCUCCAUUAGUGAAUGCAAGAACAAUGGCAAAUGUGUGAUUGACAAAAAGAAUCGCACCACCUGCAAAGCCUGCCGCUUGCGCAAAUGCUAUACCGUGGGCAUGUCCAAGGGUGGCUCACGCUAUGGCCGUCGCUCCAACUGGUUUAAAAUUCACUGCCUUUUGCAAGAACAACAGCAACAAGCCGUAGAGGCAGCCUCCAAAGCUGCCAAUGGCUCACCUAUGGUAGCAAAUCCUAAUAAUGCUUCGGCUUUUGGUGAUAUGGCUGCUGCUGUGGCUGCCCAACAACAAUUCUCACAAAGAUCUUCACAUUUGGCCGCUGCUGGGGCACCUCACUUGGGUUAUCCUUCCUAUUUGCCUGAGAUGUCUGCUGCUCCCUUUAUGUCAGCCGCUGCUUUACCCUUCUUCAGCAUGAUGAAUUCUUUGCCCACCAUGGCUGCUGGCUCACCACCCUCUGCCUUCCAAAUGCCACCUCAUUUAUUGUUCCCUGGCUAUCAUCCCGCUGCUGCUGCUGCCGCCGCCGAUGCAGCCUAUCGCUCGGAAAUGUACAAACACAGACAAUCGGUAGACUCUGCUGCCUCCGGGGAAUCCCAGUCACGCUUCUCACCCACCAAUCACUCAGUACACUCGCUUACCCAUGAUGAUAUGCAACAUUUACAUAUGCAACAACAUUUACAAACCCAACAGCCCGCUUCCAACAGACAAUCACCCGAACUAUGUGUGUCUGGCGAUGAUGAUGAACAAGAACGUAAAUCUCUACUAUCCCAUCACUCGAUUUCCCCAGUUUCUUCGCUCAACAACUCUCAUCAUCAUCAAAUUCACAGCCCCAUUGCUGUUAGAGCCUCGCCUGUACAACAACUCACCCCAGAACCCUCAUUUGCCGCCAAAAUGCAAUCACUUUCACCCGUUUCUGUGUGCUCUAUUAGCCAUGAAACCUCUGCUCUACCCUCAAACUAUGAAGAGCCCAUGAAUCAAGACUGUCCCAUGGAUUUGAGCAUGAAAACCUCCCGCAGCUCAGUACACAGCAGUGACAGUGAUAUGUUAAGUGAAACUUCCGAAGAAGAAAGACAACAGAACAUGCGCCGCAAAUUCUAUCAAUUGGAGAACUCCAAUGAAAACUCAGAAAACUCCUCGGACUCAGAGGCUAACAAAAGACAAAAAUUAGCUGAAGCCAACUACCCCGCCUUUGGCAAUCAUCAUUCACAAAGAGGUAUUGUUUGCGUUUAAUCAUCUGCUGCAAAUAGGCUUUACAUACAAAACACCAAAACCACCGCUCUUUUCUUUACCAAAAAACAAACAAAAAAAAGAGUUUUAAACAGUAAGAAAAGUAACUUAAACCAUCCAUCCCUUUAUAGUCAAUGCAAAUCUUAUUUUUUAUUAUUAUUUAGUUACAUACCUACAUAUUAAGAAAAUUUCAUGUCUAAAAUUGUAAAUAUCGUAAAGAGCCGCUGGUUAAACAGCCAGCCGCCUUUACACCACAAAUUUUAUUGAAAUUCCAAAUAUUAGUUUAUAAGUCGUAGUUAGUUGAAUUUUUAUUUUUUUUUUUCAAUAUUUUUCUUUAAAAAAAAAUUUAUUUUUUUUAAAACAUUUUUUAGUUAUUAAUCUAAUUGUUUAUAUCUUACAAAAAUAUUUUCCUUUUUGGGAAAAAAUAUUUGUCAAAAAUAUUGUAUAUAGCAAAUUUUUUUGAUUUUAUUCUAUUAUUAUUAAUGCAUGCUUUUUUAGUAUUUAAGUUUUAGUUUUUAACAAAUCUCAUGUUGACCAGCCUUUGGCUAGAAAAAAAAUUGUAUAUAAUGAUUUUGAUUGCAACAAUUGUAUUAUUUUUUUUAACAUAUUAUUAUUUUUUUUAUUGUAUAUAUUUAUUGAAAUUGAAAAUACCAAUGAAUUGUAGAUUAUUUGAAAAAAAAACAACAAGAAUUUUUACAAAAAAAAACCCACAAACAAAUUUUGAAAAAAAUAUAAAUGAUUAUGAAAAUUUAAAUGAAAAAUAAA